AUGGAAGACGAUUUGGAGGAAAUUGAAAGGUUGUGGGAAAGAGAUUUUGAAGAGAUCGGGGACGGUCAGCUCGUCAACAGAGCUUACAAAGACAUAUUCGAUCGCUAUAUAAAACGUUCACGGCUUUCAGCUACUGACAUCUGCAUCAAGCCUUUGAAAGUGAUUAAUAAUAGCGGCAUGACGAUGUUGGUAGAAUUGUGGUUCAAGAUUUCUCCUAAUGAGCCACACGUCAGUUUCACAGAGUAUUUAGAAGAAAAGGGAAUUAUCCUUUACGAGCUCUGA